AUCGAGGGGACUGGUGGUGGAAUGGAGAAGUUCAAGGGAAGGUGGAAGCAAAGAAGGUGGCGUAUGCAAAGUUGAUAGAAAGCAAGGAUGAGGUGGAGAAGUGGACGAAUAGGGAACUUUAUAAGAUGGCGAGGAAGGAGGCGAAGUUGGCGGUUUCGAUGGCAAAAACGGCAGCUUUUGAACGCCUUUAUCGAACUAGAGGAGAAAGGCGGGGAUCGAGAAAUUGUUCAGGCUAGCCAAGGCGAGGGAGAGAAAGGCACGUGAUGUGGAUCAAGUGAAGUGUAUCAAGGAAGAGCAUGACAAAGUAUUGGUAGAGGAGACUCUCAUUAAACGGAGAUGGCAGUCAUACUUCCACAAACUCUUGAAUGAAGAAGGGGACAUAGACAUUGUGUUGGGAGAUUUAGAACAUAUAGAAAGGCGUCACGAUUUUGGGUAUUGCAGAAGUAUUAAGUUUGAGAAGGUUAAGGGUGUUGUUCGUAGGAUGCACAAGGGAAGAGCGACCGGACCUGACGAGAUUCCUGGGGAAUUUUGGAAGAGCGCAGGCUCGGUAGGUUUGGAGUGGCUGACUAGGUUGUUUAAUGUCAUCUUUAAGACGGCAAUGAUGCCUGAAGAAUGGAGAUCGAAUGUAAUGAUCCCUCUAUACAAGAACAAGGGAGAUAUCUAGAGUUGCAACAACUAUAGAGGUAUCAAACUGCUAAGCCAAACUAUGAAAAUGUGGGAAAGGGUGGUGGAGAUGAGGGUGAGGAGAAGCGUGUCUAUUUCAGAGAACCAGUUCGGAUUCAUACCGGGACGCUCAACUACAGAAGCCAUCCAUCUUGUAAGGAGACUGGUGGAGCAGUAUAGGGAGAGGAAGAGGGACUUACACAUGGUAUUCAUCGACCUAGAAAAGGCUUACGACAAAGUUCCAAGAGAGAUCCUAUAGAGAUGCUUGGAGGCUAAAGGUGUACCUUUGGCGUACAUUAGGGUGAUCAAAGACAUGUAUGAGGGAGCCAAAACCAGGGUAAGGACAGUAGGAGGAGACUCAGAGCACUUCCCAAUUGUGAUGGGGUUGUAUCAGGGAUCAACUCUUAGUCCGUUUCUAUUUGCCUUGGUGAUGGGUGGAUUGACGCGGCAAAUUCAAAGUGAGGUGCCAUGGUGUAUGCUUUUCACGAAUGACAUAGUCCUGAUCAACGAGACUCGAAGCGGAGUUAACGCUAAAUUGGAAGGUUGGAGACAUACCUUGGAGUCUAAAGGGUUUAAGCUGAGUAGGACCAAGACUGAGUACUUGGAGUGCAAGUUCAAUGAAGCACCUCAGGAUGUUGGCGUGGGAGUGAGGCUUGGUACCCAGGCCAUCCAGAAGAAAAGCAGCUUCAAGUAUUUUGGGUCUAUCAUGCAAGGCAGAAAGGAGAUUGACGAUGAUAUCAGACAUCGUAUUGGGGCAGGGUGGAUGAAAUGGAGGCUCGCUUCCGGGGUGCUAUGUGACAAGAAGGUGCCACCACAACUUAAGGGCAAGUUUUACAAAGUAGUGGUUAGACCGACUAUGUUGUAUGGGGCGGAGUGUUGGCCAGUUAAGAUCUCUCAUGUUCAAAAGAUGAAAGUUGCCGAGAUGAGAAUGUUGAGAUAGAUGUGUGGGCACACCAGGAGUGACAGGAUUAGGAAUGAGGCUAUUCGGGACAAGGUGGGAGUGGCCUCGGUAGAAGAUAAGAUGCGGGAAGCGAGACUGAGAUGGUUUGGGCAUGUGAAAAAGAGAGACGCAGAUGCCCCAGUGCGGAGGUGUGAGAGGUUGGCUAUGGAUGGUUUCAGAAGAGGUAGGGGUAAGCCGAAAAAGUAUUGGGAAGAGGUGAUUAGACAGGACAUGGCGCAGUUACAGCUUACCGAGGACAUGACCUUAGAUAGGAGGGCUUGGAGGACCCAGAUUAGGGUAGAAAGCUAGUAGAUAGUCUCGUUAUCCUUCCUUAUUAGUAGGCGCAUUAUCGCAGUAUAAUUUUUCGUGCUCUGAUUUCUGCUAUUAUCUAUUAUUUCCUGUACUUUGAUUACCCUAUUUUAUCUGUGUCGCUUUUGUUA